CCUAGGCCCGCCUCCGCAGGUUGAUGGCAGCGGCAGCUGGGACUGCAGCGACGCCCGGCCCCGAGAGUCGCAGGCAGCGGCCGGAGCGCGCAGCCGAACGCCCGGGCCCCAGACGCCGCGGACACCCGGAGAGGCAGUUCCGGUGCCCUGACGCCUCCCUUGGUCCCCAGCGCAGCCCCAACCCCCUCCGCAGAGAAGUCGCAGCGUGAGCGCCCCUCGGCCGGCUCAGGACCAGCUACGGGACUAAGGACCAAAAUUUGGGCACCGAGAUCCUCCAUCUCUGCCCCCAGCUAUGAGCCGGCGCGUGGUUCGGCAGAGCAAGUUCCGCCAUGUGUUUGGACAGGCGGCAAAGGCUGACCAGGCCUACGAGGACAUCCGUGUGUCCAAGGUCACAUGGGACAGCUCCUUCUGUGCCGUCAACCCCAAAUUCCUGGCCAUUAUUGUGGAAGCUGGAGGUGGAGGUGCCUUCAUCGUGCUGCCUCUGGCCAAGACAGGUCGAGUGGAUAAGAACUACCCACUGGUCACUGGACACACUGCCCCUGUGCUGGACAUCGACUGGUGCCCACACAAUGACAACGUCAUCGCCAGUGCCUCAGACGACACCACCAUCAUGGUGUGGCAGAUUCCAGACUAUACCCCUAUGCGCAACAUUACAGAACCCAUCCUCACACUCGAGGGCCACUCCAAACGUGUGGGCAUCCUCUCCUGGCACCCCACUGCCCGGAACGUCCUGCUCAGUGCAGGUGGUGACAAUGUGAUCAUCAUCUGGAACGUGGGCACUGGGGAGGUGCUUCUGAGUCUAGACGACAUACACCCGGACGUCAUCCACAGCGUGUGCUGGAACAGCAACGGGAGGCUGCUAGCCACCACCUGCAAGGACAAGACCCUGCGCAUCAUCGACCCCCGCAAGGGCCAGGUGGUGGCGGAGAGGUUUGCGGCCCACGAGGGAAUGAGGCCCAUGCGGGCCAUCUUCACGCGCCAGGGUCAUAUCUUCACUACGGGCUUCACCCGCAUGAGCCAGCGAGAGCUGGGCCUGUGGGACCCGAACAACUUCGAGGAGCCAGUGGCACUGCAGGAGAUGGACACAAGCAACGGGGUCCUACUGCCCUUCUACGAUCCCGACUCCAGCAUCGUCUACCUGUGUGGCAAGGGCGACAGCAGCAUUCGGUACUUUGAGAUUACCGAGGAGCCACCUUUCGUGCAUUACCUGAACACGUUCAGCAGCAAGGAGCCGCAGAGGGGCAUGGGGUUCAUGCCCAAGCGGGGACUGGAUGUCAGCAAGUGCGAGAUUGCACGGUUCUACAAGUUGCACGAAAGAAAGUGUGAACCCAUCAUCAUGACUGUGCCCCGCAAGUCAGACCUGUUCCAAGACGACCUUUACCCAGAUACGCCGGGCCCCGAACCCGCCCUAGAAGCGGAUGAAUGGCUAUCCGGCCAGGACGCCGAACCCGUGCUCAUCUCGUUGAGGGACGGUUACAUGCCCCCCAAGCACCGUGAGCUGCGGGUCACCAAGCGCAACAUCCUGGACGUGCGCCCGCCCCCCGGCCCCCGCCGCAGCCAGUCAGCCAGCGACGCCCCCUUGUCGCAGCACACCCUGGAGACGCUGCUGGAGGAGAUCAAGGCCCUGCGCGAGCAGGUGCAGGCCCAGGAGCAGCGCAUCACGUCUUUGGAGAACAUGCUGUGCGAGCUGGUGGACGGCACGGACUAGCGCAGUGCGCCGGGGAAGCUCCAAGCCGGGAGGGCAAAGUGGGGCGGAGCGCAAGCACUCCCGCGCCGCCCCGGCUUUGGGUCCUCCGGACCCCGCCUCUCUGGGCCUGGGCCGGGACUGGGGAGGGAACUCCGCCCCUCGCGGGAGUCCUGGACAAAUGAAGCACUGCGGACACUCGCGUCCGUCUGGCGCCUGCCGGGCUGUGUGCCUCGUACAGGACUCAGCAGGAGCUGGCCUUGGAAGGCCCAGGGUGACGGGGGCCUCAACAGUGGUGCUGCAAGGCAGGCAGUGUCCCCUUUGUUUCCCUUCCCGCCCAGGGCAGGGAAAGUGCUUAGUGUUAGCGCAAUGCUUGGGGAUGUUGGGGAGCUUGGGCUUCACCUCAAAGGGGUAGCGAUUCGACGGGUCUCCCCAGACUGGCUGGGGAAAAUUACAACGCUUCUCCCUCUAAUCAGCUCACUUGACUCCACCACCCUGAGUGGUAAACUGAACGGGCGUCACCCCAGUUCUACGGACAUACACAAAUGUUGGCUGUACAGCCGGACCCACGGGCUACACCCAGCAGUCUAUGGCAGAGGGCUCUCUUCCUUCUCUCCAUCUGCAGGGGAGAGGACGGCUUCCUCGCGGCACUCCCGCAGGAGAACCAACCAGAGAACUGGCAUGAGGAAGCAGGUUCACACCUCCCCUCUCCCAGACACACACACACACACACACACUCACACACACACACACACUGCCCCCAGCCCUCUGCUGUGGCCUUGACUCUAGGAGGAAAACAAGACGUACUGAAUGAAACAUUUUGCCAAGUGCUCAGUCUGUGCCUCCUGCAUGGGUGGGGAUGCUAGACCCCCCAGCCUCUGUAAGUGCCACCACCAGACUCCUGGGGGCCCUGACAAAUGCAACGCUCGGCUCAGGACCCACCAGACAUCCUCUUACUUCAGAGCCCUCCCCACGCAGGUUCAGAAGGAACCCUCAACCCGCAGAUGGGCGUUCUUCCCCAGUAAAGGCAGGUAGGAAAAGC